GUGAGAGACAGAGAGUGAGAGACAGAGAGUGAGAGCGAGAGAGGGAGGAGGGGGGAGGGAUGUAAUACAUAGAAGUUUUAAGAAUGAAUCCAUACACAUUCAUCCAAACAAAAAAGUCUGUAACAUCCUUCUGCUUUAGAACUACCAGAUUUGUGUUGAUGGGGGGCUAAAAACAUUUACAAUUACGUUUAUCGUAUAAAAGACCUACCCGUUUUUUCAACAUAUUGUCAUUCUCAUUUUGCCAUUUUGUAAAAGGAGCUGAUUAGUUAUGAUCUGUUCUUAAUUGUUCUUAAAUCUUUUUUCAGUUCGGAAGAUGUCAGGAAUUGACCCUGGUUAGCCAGCGGAGGAGACUCUGCAAAAGGAAGAGAAUACAGACUCAGCCCUACUGCAGGCAGCACAGUCGGCCUGAAGCUGGCCGAGACCAGCCCCCUAUGCUUCCUGCAAUGCCUGUGGGACAGGCGGAUCAGGCGGAUCCUGCAAUGCCUGUGGGACAGGCGGGUCCUGCAAUGCCGGUGUUGCAAGCGGAUCCUAUGCAAGUGGACUUACACCCUGACCGUCCUGAGCUUGCAAUGCCGGUGUUGCAGGCUGAUCAACCACUGGCAGCGAACGACCUUGGACAAUGCCAGGAACUUACACUGGUCAGCGGACGCCGUCGACUGUGCAAACGGAGGCGGCGUCUGUCGCAGCCUUACUGCAGGCAGCACAGGCGACAAGAUGAGCUCCCUGCUCCCGCACAGGAGGUAGCGGCCCUGGAGGUCGUGGUCGGCCCUGCACCUCUUCCUGUUCUUCCUGUACCUGCUGCCUUACCUUUACCUGUCGAUCCUGCACCUGGUGCAGGUGACCUUCCUGUCGAUCCUGCACCUGGUGCAGGUGACCUUCCUGUCGAUCCUGCACCUGGUGCAGGUGACCUUCCUAUCGAUCCUGCACCUGUUGCAGGUGAUCUGCCUCUUCUUCCCUUUCCUCUGCCUGUCAAUCCUGCACCUGUUGCAGGUGAUCUGCCUCUUCUUCCCUUUCCUCUGCCUGUCAAUCCUGCACCUGUUGCAGGUCAUCUGCCUCUUCUUCCCUUUCCUCUGCCUGUCAAUCAUCUUCCUCUGCCUGUCCGUCAUCUUCCUAUUGCAGUAGACCACGCACCUCCAGGUGCCGACUACGCUCCCCCUGUCUGGCCAGGAAGAAAUAUACCAGGGAUGUUUCCCGUGCUCAUUGCGGCACCAGCUGCCUGGCAUCCACACGCUCCACCACCUAAUGGGCCCUUCAACUUCUUUGUCAUCAACCUGACAGCCAGGGACAUGAUGGACUUCCUCGGGCAGCAGCAGCAGGGACGGGGAGCAUUUGUGCCAGCACAAAGGAGAUGCUUUGCUGAAGCAGACAGGAGACUGCAUCUCCCUCCUGUCCCUCCUCUCCCUCUCCCUCCUCCCCCUGCUCCUGCUGCUCCUCACGCCGGCGAGUCAGUGUUCAAGCGUAUAUGGAUCGCAGCUGCAGAGAAACUUGUGCGGUGUCGCAGUCAGACACGCGAGAGAUCCAGGGACAUGAUGGACUUCCUCGGGCAGCAGCAGCAGGGACGGGGAGCGUUUGUGCCAGCACAAAGGAGAUACUUUGCUGAAGCAGACAGGAGACUGCAUCUCCCUCCUGUCCCUCCUCUCCCUCUCCCUCCUCCCCCUGCUCCUGCUGCUCCUCACGCCGGCGAGUCAGUGUUCAAGCGUAUAUGGGGAGCUCUCGGGGCCUAG